UUUCUAUGUGUGUUGAGUGGGCGAGUUCCCGGAACUAUCCAGUUAUCUUCGUUCUACGUGCUGAAACAUUGUGGACACUCACCCAUAGCAACCAGAGAAACAACUACUAAACUCAAGAAUCAGGAGUCAUGGAGGAAGACUCAACACCAGAAACUGUGGCAGGGACAUCAUUGUCGUGGGCGUCAGAGGCAUGGACGGUGGCGGCCACGGAGGCAGACAACUCCCAGCCAGACAACUCCCGGUCAGACAACUCCCAGCCAGACAACUCCCUUGUAGACGACAGCGCGGUGACAUUUGAGGUGACAGCCGAGAAUUUGAACGAGCUAAUGAAGAGCAUGGAGACCAUGCUCUCGGAUGUGGAGCACCUGAGGAACCAGUGCAGCGACCAGGCCAAAGAGCUGCUCGAGGCUGCCUUUGAGUUGCAACAACAACAGAAUGAGCUGAAGGAGAGUUACAAGCAGCUUGCCUCGGAAAUGGAAGAAAUCAUGGCUUGCUUGGACGACCUGGUCAUCACCAAGAGUGCCUUCGAGGCCCGGGAGAAGGACAUGGAGAAGCUGAGCAAACAGUUUUGAAGGGCACAAAUGGACUUUGAAAGAAUGGCUCUGCUUUUGGAUUUGAGUGUGUGUAAUGUGUAUUUAUUUACUUAAAGCAGCAAGACUUAACCUUGUUUGUUGGCAUUUUCUAACCCAGUGUUUCCCCAAAUUUGGGAAGUGAAGGCACAUUUAGCACAUACCCUGGCUGGUCCACCAUUAUUAAAGGGAAAGGGGUGAUCUGGUACAGUGUACAUCCUUUGUACAUUCAUUUUUUAAGGCAGUCUUUUUUUUUUUGUUUUGUUUUGAGAAAAAAAAAUUGCUUUGCAAGCAUUUACUAAUCUGCCAAAGUUACCAAAGCCAAUAAAUGUUUGAAAGGAAUUGUCGCACAAAAUAGUGGAGUUAUUUUGAAGUUGUUUUCACAGUGGCAGCAUUUUUUGAUAUAUAAGGUUCAGCACAGCUCCUACAUACAUAUUCCAAAUCUCAGAAUUUGAGCCAUUCGCCUCAAAGUUUUUCACAGGUGUAACCAGAUAGGGACACUUCAAAUUUUGAAGUGGCACACCCAAAGAUAUGUCAUAUUUUGAGGAUAUCAAUGUGGAAUUUUAAUUUGCUGUCACUUCCUGAGGUGUCAGGAAAUGUCUGCUUUAUGUACUUAGGGUUAGUGCAGUGGUUGUUAACCUUGCUAAAUGUACCGAACCCCAUGAGUUUCACACGUGCAUUAACAGAACCCUUUGGAAUUAUGAAAAUCUUUUUUUUUCUCUCUCUCAAAUUCAAAAUCAACAUAUCUAAGCUAGCAGGCUAAAACCCAAAUGAAUUUCCAUUCAAAUUUCUUCUCCUUUAGAUAUACAUUUUGGCUUGUUUAAAAACAUGUUAUCUUUAUGUCUGCCGCAUCAGACCACUAAACCAAGACUGGCUUAAAGCACAUAUAUUAGAAUUUGUCCAUUCAAAUUUAGAGGAAUAAAUCCAAUAUUGUUCAACACUGAACCUGCUUGGUUGCAUAAAUCUUGACCAUGAAGGUUCUGUCAUGUUUACAUCUCAAAUGAUCUCAAAUUUAAUGGAAAACCCUGCACAAAAUGAUCACUAAAUUUGUACACAAAGUCAUUAUGUAAAAAAAAAAAAAAAAAAAAAAAUCAUGAAUCAUCUCACAAAUCCAAUAAACAGUGCGAAUUUACACAUACUAUUUUCAUGGCGUAAAAUGUGACGCAAAUGUUUUUUUUUUUAAUGUAAACGCAGUGCACGUUACCCGUAGGUCUGUUGUAUUUCCUCAUACCAAGUGAGAGUCAACCUUCCACUGAGCAAACCAGUUUCUCCAGGACUAGCAGUUGAAAGAAUUGGAAUAAAACCUGUAAAUUGGGGACUAACCACUCCAAAACCUCGUCUAAAACGCCACUUUGGCUGGAUUUAGUCAGCAUCCAAAAAUAGGGCCCUGCGUGUCUUAACCUUCACCGAACCCCUGGGGUUCGAUUGAACCCAUGUUAAGAACCACUGGUUUACUGUGUUAUAUGUAAUGUUACUAAUGAUCUAAUGUGGACAGCCUAAUAAAAAUACAUUUUUUACAAAUACAAUCCACAGAAUGUAAACCAGUGGGUUGGCCAGUAAAUUGUAGGGGCCACUCAUGGCCGCUCCUUAUUGGCGCCAUUGACGCAAACGAGCCAGUUUACUGUCAUAACAUCAAUCAUGUGACGCUGCUUGGUCGCCCAACUAUGUAUUUGUGCAGCACAAUUGAGGCAUCGAGUGCCAUUUUCGCCACGCCCAACAAAUCAGGGAAGAAGAAACUGUAUACUAUAUAUAUAAUACACUAUAUUGCCACCAUGGUUUUCUUUGCAAGAUGUUCCAUUUCAAAAAUUUUUAUGUUCCUAUUUUUAUGAGUAACUGAAUAAGUUGUACAGAGUAACUUCCCGCCCCAUGACUUUUUCUUUCAUAUUUAAAUAUUCUUGUUAAAAUCCUUGAAACACACACGUUCUUCAUGCUUUCAGUCUUCCAGACGUUUGUCUGGACCAUAAACACCCCUUUACACAUAAAUUACUGUACAGUUUAAAUCUGGAAUGUACAUUGUGUGAAGUACGGUUGAACUCUGACACCUCAUUGGCUGCAGUGAAGUGCUGAGAGGGGGGAUGACUAUAGAAAAGCUGAGUGUGGGGCGCUUCAUUUUUAGGACACGCAUCACAUCUGGGCUGCAGAUCUUCUAGAUUUCAACGACUUGAGAAUUCUCUUUCAGAAGUGAGUCGUUGAUUAAAAUGGACAAGUUGAGAGUCUUGGCUCUCAUCCAGCUGCUGGCUAUAUCCGUCUUUUCUCAAUCACAGAAACUGCAAGACCGCUGGGGUGAGUUUGGCCCCUAUGGCCCCUGCAGUCGGUCUUGUGGCACUGGAGUUGCAAUGAGGACCAGGAAGUGUAUCACUUUAAGGACAGAUGGGGGUCACAACUGUAUCGGAUCAUCCAGGUCUUUUCAGAUCUGUAACACAAAUGAAUGCCCAGUUGGAUCCAGAGACUUCAGAGAGGAGCAGUGUUCCCAAUUUGACAAAAUGUUAGUCCAAGGCAAACAUCACACUUGGGUGCCAUAUUACGGAGCCCAGCCGUGUGAGCUGACCUGUGUCACGCGAGAACAAAAUGUUGUCUACCGUCAUCGGCCCAAGGUGGUGGAUGGGACACCCUGCCACGUGGGCAGAAGUGACAUUUGUGUUGAUGGCCAGUGCAAGGCAGUGAGCUCGGUAGGCCAAGAGGUGUUUCCGGGUCUUCAAGUGGUUCCACAUCCCGACCACACCUCUCCCCCUGAACCCUACCCAACAGAGCCUCAAACAUACGAGUACAGAGUCAAUGUGUACGGUGAGUGCUCUGUCACCUGCGGCGGGGGAAUGCAGUAUCGCACGUUGGAAUGUUGGCUUCAGGACCCAGUGAACCCCCGCAUGGUGGACGAAACCCUGUGCAUUGGACGGCACUUGCAGCGGCCCGAAAGCCAGCAGGCGUGCAACAUGCAUCCGUGUAAUGCAAAGUACAGCGUCUCCGUCUUCAGUGAGUGUUCAGUAACUUGCGGUGGAGGACAGCAGAUAAGAGAGGUGUUCUGUGAGGGUCCGGGAGGUGAACGUCUGGCUGAUUAUGCCUGCCAAGCCUUUACAAAACCUCCAUCGGUCCGAGUCUGCAGGAGACCCGCCUGUCGCAUACACAGCACUUGGCAUGUGACACCCUAUGGAUUGUGCUCCCGCAGCUGUGGCGGUGGUGUCAGGGAAAGGCAGGUGGGCUGUUAUGACAGCAACCUGCGCCACUAUCCAGUUGCCAGGUGCGGUAUCUCAAAUAGGCCCGUAACUGUGGAGGAAUGCAACACACAACCCUGCCAUGAAGCCCAAUUGGUCCCAAGUCGACAGAAUCCAGGGAUGUAUGAAAGCAGGAUGACAGCAUUUGUACCUUAUGUUCCUGAAGUUCCAGCAACCUCUAGACCAAACAGUGCCAAUAAUCCCAACAAUAGACAAGAUGGUGCCGCAUGCGCCCGGUCCUAUUAUGGUUGCUGUCCCGAUGGUCGUACCUCUGCCAGUGGGCCGGGCCAUAGGGGCUGCCCCCAACAUGACUGCGUUAACACCAGGUUUGGAUGUUGUUUGGAUGGUGUUACUCCUGCUAGUGGAUACGGGAGAGCUGGAUGUUCUGGAUACCAAACCACAGUGCACUCAAGUGAUCCAGCACCUUCAGUUCCAAGGAGCACAUGCUCCCUUCCACUCGACAAUGGCCCCUGCGACAACUGGAGGAGACGCUUCUAUUACAACACAAGUACGGGAAGAUGCACAGAAUUUUGGUUUGGUGGCUGCCAUGGCAAUGCAAACAACUUUGUUUCUCUUGGGGAGUGUCAGACAGCAUGUGAGGUGGCGGCCACGUCCUAAAAUGUUUAAUGCGUAGUUUUACAAAGUGUGCAUGAACUUUGAGAUUAUAUACAGUGUUUAUAAGUGUUGUACAAAGUUACAAGACAAAUGUAACCCACUGUCAUUUCCUCUAAUUUGACUUCCAAGAAAACAGUGAAGAUUCAAAUUAUAGCAAAUAUAUUCUAAGUUGUUUUGGUGUGAAAUUUUCCUAUUCAUUCUUCACACUCUUCUAUGCUUGAGGUGUGACUUUGUUUUGUUUUGUUUAUGUAUUGUGGCUCAUGUGUCAGGGACAAAAUAAAGCCACUUGAUUACCCAAAAUUAAGAAAGUAACAUUGGUGGAAUUUACUAGUAAAAAUUAUCCUGUAAAACUCAUAUUUACACUUGUUCAGUAAACAUAAAACAAAUUUUCAAACGUGGAAGCUGGAGUACCAGAAGAAAGCCAACGCAAGGAGAACCCACAGCAAACAAAAGGAGAACGUGCAAAAGCCACGUAUCAUGGUAAGAGAUGUAAUUCUACACCGAAAUGUCUCAAAUGUAAAACAGAUGU